AAUCAAUUCAUGUGUCACAUGCUGAUGACUUCCGGGAAGACGAUAGUGAAAUCUGUAUUUUGUUGACGAGUUGUUAUUUUUGUAAGAAGUAAAGAUGGCUUUAAGCGAUGCAGACGUCCAGAAGCAGAUCAAGCAUAUGAUGGCUUUCAUUGAGCAAGAGGCCAAUGAAAAAGCUGAAGAAAUUGAUGCUAAGGCGGAGGAAGAGUUUAACAUUGAGAAGGGCCGACUGGUCCAACAACAGAGAGUGAAGAUUAUGGAGUUCUAUGAGAGGAAAGAGAAACAGGUCGAACUACAGAAGAAAAUUCAGAGCUCGAAUCUGUUGAAUCAGGCCAGGUUACGGGUGUUAAAGGCAAGAGAAGAUCACAUUCAGAGCUGUUUGGAAGAGGCAAGUCGCAGGCUGGGUGAAGUAGCACACGAUAAGCACAAAUACAAGAACAUACUGGAAGGCUUGAUCGCCCAGGGCUUGUUUUUGUUACUUGAGCCGGUUGUUAUUUUGAGGUGCAAAGAAGCUGAUGUGGAUAUUGUCAAAUCUGUGAUCCCAGCAGCUGUGCACAGCUACAAAACAGCCACGAAGGGUCGCGAAGUGCAAGUGACAAUUGAUAAGGACCACUAUCUCACUCCAGACAUUGCUGGCGGAGUAGAGUUGCGUGCACAAGGACAUAAAUUCACGAUUGACAACACCUUGGAUAAACGUCUUGAACUUAUUAGUUACCAGAUGCUGCCAGAACUUAGGGAAAUCUUGUUUGGUAAAAAUCCUAAUCGUCGAUUCAUGGAUUAACUGCAAUAUUUGCCAAAUAGCAACAAACAAUUCCACAACUCAUGUAGCUAUUACAGACCUGGUUUAGUGCACAGUUCCAUUUCAGAUCUAUUCCUCAUUUAACUUUUGUUUAUAAUGAAGUUAAUAUUUUUUUACUGUAAAGGGGAAAUAUUAGUCUUCUUAAAAUUUAUCUGUGGUGGACUUCAGGAUCACUGCUUUAAAAAAAACUUUAAUUUUAAUUGAAUAUAAGCAAAUAUUUAUUGUAGUGAAGACACUUGGAUGCAUAGUUAAUUGUUUAAACAGUUGAUGUAAUAGAAAGAUUCUUAUGAAAAUAAUUGGUAAUCAUUAUAGAUUUUGGUACUAAGGUGUUUGUGAGUCCAUAUUUGUAGUGAGAAACAUGGAAACGGUAAUGACUCUUUUGUGAAUUUGUUUCUCCACCAUUUCUUUAUUUUACGAUGUAACAACUUCUGAAGGAAAUGUAAGAAUUUGUUUCUCCACCAUUUCUUUAUUUUACGAUGUAACAACUUCUGAAGGAAAUGUAAGGAAUUUUGAGUCUGAUACAACAAACCUUUGUGUAAAACAGCAUUUUGUAAAAAAAAAUAUUCUUCAGUUGUUUACCAAAACACUUGAGGACUGUAUCUUUCCAGCCUGUUAGCAGCUGAGAUUGUUGGUGUUGUAUUUAACACUCCAUACUAGGCAGUAUUCUAUUAAGCAGUCUCACCAUUGUUCACUAGUAUGGACCUGCUAGAACAGAGAGCAGGUAUUCUGUAGGUCAGAUAGGUCUAGUUAGUAUAUAUAAUUGUGUAUAUAUGUGAGUGUAUUUAAUAACCUAGUACUGCACCCAGGAUGUGUGUAGUAGACUCGUGAGAGGAUAGCUGUAUAUUACUAUUUCAUUAUCUGUAAAGUAGAACAAGGAAAAUGGUCGCUCAUCGACACUUCUGUUUUAGAAUGAAUGACUGAAUGGUUAACGACACCCCAGCACCAAAAUAGACAUAGGCUGGUGGAUGUCAAACAAACAAAGGUCUUCUGUUUUAGAUGUCAUCCUCUUUCUCUCAAUUUUUAUUACUUUCUUUUGUUUUAGUGUUGCCCUAUUUUCUGAAUUUUCAUUAUUUUCUUUGUAAAAUUUUAUUAUUAAUUAUGGGCUAUUGAAUGUCAUUCUUUUGAUAAUUCAGUCGCAUUGUUUUCAUAGAAAACAUGAUACAUUUGUCCAUUAUAGCUAUGAGUCUUUAAUAUUCACACAAACAAUUAUUGCCAGAAUGUUGGUUAUAUCAGACAAACUAUGGUUUGUAUUUAACUCGACCACAAUGAUGGUGGUGGGGGGAAGUGGACAUCUUCAUACAUACUUUUAUAUAUAGUGUGAGCCUCCCUCUUCCUUUUAAUCCCUUCUGGAUGAGAACCAUGUUUCUGUUUAUUGUCCAGAAUCUUUCCUUGUGGUCUGUGGGUGGUGAUGUGUAAUAGACAUACAAGUCAUUGUAAUUCUAGCGGCAUCAUAGUCAUUCUCUAAGGCUGAGUCUGUCAUAAACAUGUUUGUAUAUUAGUACUAUAAGCAAUUACAACGUAUAUUAAUGUGAACAGAGACAUUUUAUGUAUUAUAUGUGCAAUGUUUGAUUAAUGUCUGUGAUUAGUCCAUUAGUCCUUUAAAAGGCAGAACCGAACCUAUUACACGGUUCUUUCUUGUCUGUUACUGGAUCAUAAACAAAAACUAUAUUCACGUGGCAUGCUAGAAAUCACUAUUUUACCACCCAACAUGCUUCCUUCAUCUACAGCAAACAGAAUUCUUUUCAAUGUUUUUUUCAUAUAUUUGUAGCAAUUGUUUGCUACAUUGAUUUUGUAUGUGGGUUACUGCCCUUGUUUUAUGUUUGGUAUGUGGGAGUUUUAUGUUGUAGUAAUUUGUAAGUAAACCAUGUAUACUGAACUCCAGAUUUGUGGUUGUAAAAUGGAUAUGAGAAGAAGGAAAACGCACCAUUUAACUGAUUUUGUAUAACUGGAUGUAUUCUGUUAGGCAAAACCCCCAAAGUUGUAAACACGAGUUGGGGAUAGUGUGUGUUUUAUAGCAACCUCACACAUGCAGUAGCAAUAACAACUGAAAGUUUGUGUGGUAUUUGUUUUUAGUGGAGUUCAGUAUAUUAAGACCUAGUUUAUUGGUGCAUGAUGCGUCUAGUCGGGUAGACAUUCAGAUAUUUUAUAUAGAAUAAGGAAAUGUGAACUGUUAUACUCCAUGACGGACUACAUGUUUGCCCAUAACAGAAAAUCACACAAUUAGGGGCAAUAGCAAGACAGUUAUUCUUUAGAUUAACUUUGAUUGGAAUUUUAACUGGGCAGUCUUUUUUUUUUUGGUCAUGUUUUCAUUAGUUUUAAGGCUUGUGGGGUUUGUUUUUGUGUGUGUCAUCCAUGGCAUUGGCUUCAAUACAAAUUGCAAGCUCACUUAACCUCUAUCCUGGACAAGCAAAUCAGAUAGCUGAAGUGUAUGCCCAGGACAGAAUACUUGAACGUCCCUUAGAUGUACUCUUUCUCGUUCCAGCCAGUGCUCCACAAUUGGUAAAACAAAGGCUGUGGUAUGUACUAUCCUGUGUGGAGGAUGGUGCAUAUCGGCAUCGGAAAGAGUAGCCCAUUGAGUGGCAGCAUCAGGUUUUCUCUCACGUUUUGUGUGAUACUUUAACUAUGUCUGAAGUCAUAUAAUCAGAACAAAAAUGUGUUAAGUGUAUCAUUAAAUGUAAGGAAUUUAUGAAUGAAUGUUUAACGACACCCCAGCAGAAAAAAUAAUUUGUCUGGUUAAAUGCAAAAAUUAAUAAAUGUAAGUAAAUUAAUUAAAUUAAAAUGGUUAAGAUUUGGAACCAACAAUCUGCAAGAUAAUUUUUGCUUUCCUUAAUGAGUUUACCCUCCUCUCUCUCUCCCCCCCCCCCCCCCCCCCCCCACAACAAACCUUUGUUUUUCUCCAUGAUAUGAGCGUAAAUUGUGUGUACUUGUUUGUGUCCAUAAAGGCACAUGUCUUGGUUUCAUUUCCAUUUAUGCUUUGUUCAACUAUUCAUCAGUGAUAUGUGUGUUUCUGUAUUUUGAGUAUUUUAUAAUGGUACUGUUGGCAUCUUACUACUCACUGGGUGAUUUCUCUAGAACACCGGAUUUCAGUAAUCAUGUUAGUAGAUUAUUUUUAUGCAGUAGUCUGUUUACAGUAGUCUGUUUACAGUCAUCUGUAUCAAAGAGCUGUUGGGAUGUUACAGUUACUGACAAACAUUUUAAAAAGUGGAACAAGUCUAUGCAUUCAAAAGGGAAAUACGCUUAGAAAAUAGACUAGAGCAAGUCUAUAUGACCAUUACUUCUCAGAAGUAUAUGCAUUUUUAGAAACAUGUCAAAUGAAUUUUGUGGUAUCAGAAACACCAGGAUGACCAGAAAUGGAAAUGGAAAAUCUAAACAAUAUAUAACGUCUGACUUCAGUUAUGAAAAACGGCUAUAUUAGUGAAAAAAAUAUGCCAUAGUGUUUAAAAACUAGGGUCUGUCACUUCAAAAUUAAAUUGUUUGAAAAAAAAAAAUAUAUAAAAGAAAGAGAAGAUAUUACAGAAUUUUAGGCCUGUCACAAAUCUUUAUUUUCGACCUCAUCUCGCAAUCUAAAGAUGGAAUGUCAGAUGGGGUAAAAAGUUCCUGUGCAACAACUUGCUAACUAGUAUCGGCUCUGGCUAAUGUCCUUGACUUUGUAUUUCCCACUGAUCCAUCCGGAUCACUUUGUCACAAUAAACAUAAAACAGUUUUGCAGAGAAGAACAUUCUAGAUUUUAGUCUUACUCAAAGUUUUUCAAGGUUGUAGAUUUUUUGUUCAAUAUCAUUUCAAUCUGGUUUUUCAACAACAACAUACAAAUGGAUGAUUGAGUUUAAAGCACAUUUUCAUUAGUGAAAUAGAUUGAACAAGGAAAAAAGAAAGAUGUUUUUACCCGCAUGCUUUACUGUUGUCAUUCCAUGUUCUAGAGUCGUUAUUCAGACGAGCGUGUUUGCCUUCUCAUCACCUCGGCUGUGAUUCAUCACUGUAUUUCACCGUAUAUUAACUAUAUCAUUAUAUAUGUCCUGAUUAUAGCUGGUUAUAAUAGCUAAUACAGGUGCCUGUGCAGGGGUGGUCCGCGUGAAGAAUUAUUUUUUCAAUAUAUUUUCCAGGGUAGCAUGACUUGACCUUCUCUAAAACCUUCGUUCGCCACAAAACAGAACCCCCACCCCCCCCACCCCCCACCCUGCGCAGUUUCCUGCACACGCGCCUGUAAUAACCGUUUUAUGUAUGCCAUGAUGUUAAGUCUUUGAAAACUAAAACACGCAUAAUUCUUCAACUGUUGUCUACUUCAUUUAGUCGAUGUUGUGGGAAGUGUAAAACAAUUCAUAAAUAAAUACAUUAAACCAU